UUCGUCCUUCAAAUUCGUCAUUUGCUGAUUCAGCUGAGGUAGAUAAUGUAGUCCCCUGCAGUUCAGGUUGUGACGAGCUUGCCGGUUCCAGAGCAAGUCCCGUUCCAAUCACUGCCGCUGUUACACCCAGUCGAUCUUCAUCUUUCGAUACUGGCAAUGUUCACCAGACACAGAGUCAGCGCACAAGCAGUGUGAAUGGUCGGCGUAUAGUGGAGAUUGAUCACUUCUUCUCGUCUUUGCAAAGUUUGUCGGUACAUAGUCCGUUUGGUUGCGGCCUGGCUGACAUGGAAAUUGUAUCAGAACAUCGGCGAGGUCUGUGUAGCUCUUUCAGUUUGAAGUGCAGGAUGUGUCUGAGGAAAGAUGUAGUCACAACAGAGGCACCAGUUGAUCAACUUGUUCAACAACGCAUGGACGUCAAUUCCUCAGCAGUGAACGGUAUCGUGUCUAUAGGUUCUGGUUUCUCAGGCCUUCGCGAGCUCCUAGGUGCUCUGGACAUACCCGGCAUGGCUGGUAGCACGUACAGUAAGUAUCAGGAUAUUGUUGCUAAAGGAAUCGACGAAACAGCUUGGGAAGAAAUAAGAAAAGCAGGCAUUGAGGAAGCUCGGUUAGCUAGGGAGGCUGGGGACGUCGAUGCUGACGGUUUUCCUAUAAUUACGGUCGUUGCCGAUGGUGCUUGGUGCAAACGUUCAUACAAGAACAAGUACGACGCUCUUUCUGGCUUGGCUGUAAUUGUUGGGUACCGCACAAAGAAAGUACUGUUCCUAGGCGUCCGGAACAAAUUUUGUACACUGUGCGCAAGUUCCAAGGCAGGGUCGAGCCCAAAAAAGCAUCUGUGCUUCAAGAACUGGGACAGCAGCUCUACCAGUAUGGAGAAGGAUAUCGUCGUUGAAGGCUUCAGGCGCAGCAUUGAGCUGCACGGGGUAAAGUACUUGCAGUUGAUCGCUGACGGUGAUUCGAGCACAUACAAGUCAAUUCUUGAAGCUGCACCGUACCAGCAUCAGGUAGUUCAGAAGGUAGAAUGUCGCAACCACCUUCUUCGAAACUAUGUAAGUCGUCUUCGAGAUGUUGCUUUGGCAAAGAGAACAACCCCCAUUCCCCCAUCGUUGAAGAAGCUACUUCUGGAUAAUGCUGUUCGACUAAGAGUUGGAGUUGCUAGGGCUAUUCACUAUCGCAAAGAGCAGGCCGAGUUCAGCAAACAAGAUCAGAUUCGGAACCUGGUGGCUGAUAUCCGUAAUGGGCCACUCCAUGUGUUCGGCGACCACGCAAAAUGUGCGGGUUACUUUUGCAGUGGUCCAAAAGAAGGGGAAGUCAAUCACGUCCCAGAGCUCAGGAAAUGCGGACUUUUCAAUGAAAUCCUUGUAGCGAUGAGUCGUUUGGCAAACAAUGGUAGCAGCUUGAUCCUUGACGUUAACAAUAAUGCUGCAGAACAUUUCAAUUCUCUCGUUGCAAAGUUUUCUGGCGGUAAAAGAAUAAACUUUUCCCAGAGGGGAUCAUUCGGAAUGCGGGCUUCAGGAGCUGUCGUGUCUUUCAACUCUAAGCAGUACCAUCGUGCUCUACAUAAGGCAGUGUACAACACCAGCCCUGGGAAGUAUGCAAAAAUUAUGCUGAAGCGUAAAGCAGCUGUUCGUGCUGCUUGCAUAAGGCAUCGGAGUUCUGGGGCUGCUCGCUGUAAGCGUUCACUUGAAGGUGCGCCUUGCAAGCGUGCUUCCAGCGACAACCACUAUGGUUCCAUAGUGGAUGCUCCAGACAUGAACCACGAUGACUAUGUUGAAGCUGCUGCGGCGUACAAGGAUUCCCUUGUGCUCUCCCAACCAGAUGCAGAGCAGCUCGAGGCUGAUACUCGAGGUCAAGAAGGGAGAACUUUGUGGAUGCAGGAGAGGCGAAAGCGACUCACCGCUUCUAAUUUUGGCAAGGUAUGCAAGAUGCGAGAUGCAACGAGCAGUGCAAGUACUGUUCGUUCCUUGCUCUAUGGUCAUUUUGACACUGAGGCUCUCCGAUAUGGUCGCGACACUGAGCCCAUUGCAAUUGCUAAGCUGCAGGAUGAGUUAGGGGUGACUGUUUCACCAUGCGGCCUUGUUGUUGAUCAGGAGUUUGCAUACCUUGCUGCAACACCUGAUGGGCUUGUCGGUGAUGACACUGUCGUGGAAGUGAAGUGCCCUUAUUCGGCUCGGCCCCUUACCCCUGUGGAGGGAGUGCGGGCAAAAAAAAUCACCUUUUGCACUAUUGAUAACUCUGGUAAUAUUUCGUUGAAGGAAAACCAUGACUACCACUAUCAGGUGCAGGGACAGCUCCACAUCACUCGACGUCAGUUUUGUCUUUUUGUGGUAUAUUCUGGCGAGGAAAUUUUUGUCCAGAAGAUCGAGAGAAAUGAUGGCUUCUGGAGCAAAAUGAUUGGCCACCUUCAACUGUUCUACUCGCAUAGCCUUCUACCGGAGUUGGUUGACCCUCGUCAGUCCCGUGGGCUGCAGCUCAGAGAUAACAAGAAGAGUGACCAUCAGGUUGCCUCGCUCUGUGAUGCCGCCAAAACAACUUCCAAUCAGGGCGAUUCAUCCAGAAAGAGACGGAAGACUGGUAAAGAUAACUCACCUGCCGCUGUUCUGUAAUUAUGGCUAGACUGUGGAUUUACGUGUCAUUUAGUUUGUGCGGCUCCACCUUUGCCAAGUGUUUUAAUGCAUAUUCAUCCAUUUUGCUUCAUAAUUUACUGAAUGUUUUUCCAUAUA